AUGCAAAACGGGAGGAAUCCCGUCACACCACCUCAGCAGAUUAAUCGUGUGCCUGCUCGGGAUUUCGUCAACAUCCGACAUUAUCAACAAGUCAUCAUCUUGAAUACCUGCCUGUUUAAGCAAAUAAUCCAAAGCAAUCCUUUGAUAAGCUUCCUCGACAAACGGGUUUACUCCCUGUUUGAAUCUGCCAGGGACCUGUCCAUAGGUCAAACGGGCCUCGACGAAAUCAAACUGGGCCCGGGCUGUGGAGAAUAUCGUGGGCUUCGGGAGGCCCGUGAAAGUCGAAUUGGACUCGAGGAGAACAAAUUCGGUUACAUAAGGGUAAAGCUCUUUCCAGCGUAUUUUGAGGAUAUCGAGCUCGUUGCUGAAUAA